AUGAAAACUAAAAAUAGAAAUUUGGAUGUUGUCCAUCAUGGGCUUGUCCUAGUUAGCGAUGGAAAUGGAAGAGGAAGACCCUCUAGGCUGUUGUUAUCUAAAGAUCAAUUGGCUGUUCAGCUGCCUAGUGAUGGAACGUCUUCUACAGCAGAGCCAACUGAAACAGAUACUCCAGAUGAGAAUGCUACACGAAUCGUAUCAAUCAAAAGAAGAGGUGGAGGAUUGGGUUUAUCAAUCAAAGGAGGAACGGAAAACGCUCAAAAUUUGCCAAUCGUUAUAAGCAAAGUUUUUCCUGGAAUGCCGGCGGAUCAGUGCGGUCAGUUGUACGUUGGAGAUGCUAUAGUAGAAGUCAAUGAUAUAUCAGUUGAAGGAAAGUCUCAUGAUGAAGUGGUCGAAAUGCUCAAAGCUGAAGGCGAUGAAGUGAAGAUUGGUGUCAGACAUUACACUAACAUCACUCCAUAUUUGAAGCCAGCAACAUCUCUUCAGCCUGGACGAAGUGGAAGUGCUUUGGAUAAACUAUAUGAACCUAACACUUGGAAGUCUGCUAUGAAAGCUCAAUCAGAUCUGGGUUUGUACGAUGGUGAAAAAAUAGAUGGAAAAGAUGAAAAGUGGAAAACGGUAACGACUAUUCCAUUACCAAUGGCAUACGUAACCCGUUAUUUGUGGGGAACGGAUAAUAUGAGACCAAAUGCAUUCGAAGUUCGAGCUGUUGAUGGCACAUCUUCGGGGAUAAUUCAUUGCGAAGAUGUUAGAGCCUUAGACCAAUGGCUCGGUCACAUAUACAACCACAUAAAUGCGUUGAAUCAGAAAAGCAUCAAAAUGAGCAACAAAUACUUACAUCAGAGUGAGCAGAUUACAUUUAUUGGAUGGGUGAAUGAGCAUAUGGGAGAGGGAUUACCAGAGGAUCCAAAACUCAAAUGGGAGCCCCGUUUCUUGAUAUUAAAAGGAGGAGAUGUAUGCUUUUUCGAAAGCCCUCCAUUGAGUUCGGAAGAUUUAAACAAAUGUAUAUAUUUAUAUAAAUGUUAUGACAUAGCUCUGCGUAUGGUUCCUGAUGACUCUCGUCGGUUGGAUAAGAGAGAGAGCUGCUGCUAUAUUGAAACAUCAUUGCUUAGUGGAUUAAAGCACUAUCUUUCCUUUGAUUCAACACAGAUUCUGGAACAAUUCGAGUUCACAUAUUAUAAAUGUGUUUAUAACACAGUAACAUCAAUGCAGACACGCACAUUCGCUUGCAGUUUCGAUGGUAGACCCUGUGGAUUAGUGUUUGAUAUCAAACAGGGGAUAAGUGUAUACGAUAUUCCUACAAAGAGCUAUGUGUGGCAGUACAGAUUCCGAGACCUGCAUUCAUCAAGUGAUGAUGGUAAAGUUCAUGUUCAACUUGUUUUCAAAGAUGAAAGAUGUCUGACGCAGGAUAAGCUUGAAACGAAGGAAAUCGAGUCGGAUGAGGUCAUCACCAUUGCUUUUAACUUGCAUUCGUUUCUCAUAACGAAAGUUGUUGCUGCCGACCCCGAAUUUAUAAAACAGAACCCUCUGCUCUAG